AUGGCGGCUUAUAUACGGUAUAUGAUGGAGGCAUUAUUGAGAGGUCUUCUGCGGAGGACAUGGCCACUUGCAAAUCCACCACACCAGAAACCAAGAGUAUUGUCUUCUGGAAACGAAACUGCCGUUCGCCUUCUUUACGAAUACCCACUCGGAACAUUUUUCGAGGCUAUUGCAGUUCGUCCUAAUGGCGAGCUUCUUCUUACACUGCCUUAUAAUUCUUCAGUCCAUAACAAUGACCCCCUACACUCGAACUAUACCCCGACAGUUGUACAUAAUUUCGAUGGCCUCACCAUAUUUGGCAUCACCGAGUAUGAUCAUGGUGUCUACGCCGUAAAUGGUGGUGGCUUCUCUUCGAGUACAGGUCCAGUCGCUGGCACUUGUCGUGUCGAUUCUUUAAAUCUAACGCAGACCACGGCAACAUCGUUCACCAUUGCAAACAUUUCUUCAGGUCAAUUUCUCAACGGUAUGACUUCCUUGCCUCGGUGGGGCGUUGGGCCGUCUAAUGUGCUCGUCAACGAUGUUGCCGCUGGCGUAGUCUACAAUCUAGACCCCAUCUCCGGAAAAUAUUUCAUUGCCAUCAACAACACCUACACACAGGAUGACUUUGCACUCCGCGACACCAUUGCUUAUGUUACGACCGGCUCUGGAAAUUCUAUCGAGCGCGUGGUUGCGCCAGCGGUAGAUUCACGGGGUCUGAUUACUACCGAGAUUGUGGCGGGUAGUCUCAAUUCUACGAGUGUAGCAGGACCGACAGCUGCGGUUUCUGGAUGUACGUCGUGGGAUAGUCAUAUUUUGUAUAUUACUACAAGUGGGACGCCGAAUGUACCUGUGGACAAGAGGAUUAGGAUUAGCGCGCAGGUGCUGGCUAUUGAUACCAAGUUAUGCUCAUGGGCUUAG